AAAUUCAAGAGAGAUCAGUUAUGAGGAGGGAGCCCGUGAGUCCGGCAUCACCUGGAUUUAUCACGUAGCAGCUUUUGGAACAUAAAGACAUUGUUCAGUAACACCUCAUGAUUGACUGCAGUUCCCUGUGAACCGCGUAACCAGCUUCAUGCGCGAAUUUUUAAACUUCGCGCCUGGAGGACCCGUGGCAUCUCCAAGUUUUACGCAAUGAAUUUCUGAUCAUUGGCGUGGGUUUACCAUUGUGGAACUGACUGAGGAGUAAAGCGUCUUUUUCAUCUUGUAUAUAUAUAUUUAUAGUUUUUCUAUAAUACCGGUGGGCACCUUUGAUUCGGAAGAAUGAUUCUUCGAAGAUGUUUCCGAUUGUUGGCCCUUUUGCUUCUGUUCACCUUCUGCGUAAAAUCUCAAGAUGCACAAUUGGAAGAUGAGACCAUCUUUGACUUAUUUGAAUCCAGUGGGAUCACACGCAAGACCAUCGGAGUGAAGCUUUUUAAGGGUCUGGACAGCGAUGCUCCAGCAUAUCGCUUCAUCCGGUUUGACCAGCUGCCCUCUGUCAGCUCCACAGCGCUACAACAACUUCUUUUGCAAAUACAAAACAAUGAAGGCUUCAUCCUGACAGCCACUCUGCGUCAGGACCGUACAUCUCGUGGCACCAUUCUUGCACUGGAAGGCCCCGGAGAGCGCAGGCAGCUUGAGAUUGUUUCAGACGGCAGAACCAACACUCUAGAUUUGGUGUACUGGUGGGCCGAUGGCUCACGCAACGUGAUCUCCUUUGAGGAAGUAGACCUCUCGGAUUCACAAUGGAAGAAUAUAACACUCUAUGUGCAUGGGGAGACAGCAACAUUGUACAUUGGUUGUGGACUCAUUGAUAGCUUCAUUCUUGAUGAACCUUUCUAUGAGUACCUGAGUGCAACGGGCGCCAGUAUGUUCGUGGCCAAAGGGUCCACAAGAGAAAGCCAUUUUAGGGGCUUGCUACAGAAUGUACGUUUUAUCUUUGACACCCAGCUUGAGGACAUUCUGGAGAGCAGGGGAUGUGAUCUUGGAAACCCAGUGGAGGCGAAUAAAGUCAGUGAGAGCGCAGAGGUUGUGGAGGUUCCUUCUUCAAUCGCCACCAAUGUAAUUGCCCAGAAUACAGACGUUCCAGCAACCAGCUCCUCAGAACUUAUGUGUGAACGCUCCUGCGAAGAACUGGCCAACCUCUUCCAGGAGCUGAAGGGUCUCAGAGUUGUCGUCAGCAACCUCAUAGAUGGCCUGCAGAAAGUGACAGAAGAAAACACGGCAAUGAAGGAGGCUCUAAACAAGAUGCAGAGUCUUUCAGAGCAGAGUAUGUGUUGGCAAGAUGGCCGUAUGUUUGAGGACAAGGAGGACUGGAUUGUGGAUAGCUGCACUAAAUGUACCUGCCAAGAAGGAAAAGUUGUUUGUCGACAGAUCACGUGUCCUCCAGUGGCAUGUGCCAAUCCAUCCUUCAUUGAUGGUGAAUGCUGUCCAGUUUGCCUUCCAAUGGACAGUGAGGAUGGCUGGUCUCCGUGGUCAGAAUGGACUCAAUGCACAGUCACAUGUGGGAGUGGGACUCAACAGAGGGGGCGCUCUUGUGACGACACAAGCAACACAUGUUCUGGACCAUCGAUUCAGACACGCAAGUGCAGUUUGGGAAAGUGUGACCGCAGAGUUCGUCAGGACGGUGGCUGGAGCUUAUGGUCUCCCUGGUCAUCCUGCUCAGUAACAUGUGGGGAAGGACUGAUCACACGUAUCCGUCACUGCAAUGCUCCUGUUCCACAAAGAGGUGGCAAAGACUGUGAAGGUGAAGGACGAGAGACACAGAGCUGCCACACAGAACCCUGUCCCAUUGAUGGUGGCUGGGGCCCAUGGUCUCCCUGGGCAGCGUGUUCAGCUACAUGUGGAGGCGGCCUGAAGAGUCGUGUCAGAGAGUGCAACAGCCCUGAACCACAGCAUGGAGGAAGGAAGUGUCUUGGAGACUCCAUUGAAAAUGAAGUAUGCAACCGACUGGAGUGUCCUAUUGAUGGCUGCCUCUCCAACCCAUGCUUCUCUGGAGUCGAGUGUAACACAGCUUCUGAUGGAUCCUGGGAAUGUGGACCCUGCCCGAAUGGUUAUCGGGGCAAUGGAACUUCCUGUGAAGAUGUCAACGAGUGUAAUAUGGUGUCAGAUCUAUGUCAUAAAGUGGGUGGCCUACAGCAGUGUGUGAACACAGACCCCGGAUUCCACUGUCUCCCCUGCCCCCCUCUCUACAAAGGGACUCAGCCCUACGGCAUGGGAGUGGAGUCAGCUAAAACCAACAAACAGGUUUGUGAACCCUACAACCCCUGCAAAGACAACAGCCACAGCUGUCACAAGUUUGCCGAAUGCAUCUUCCUCAGUCACUUCACUGACCCGAUGUACAAGUGUGAGUGCCGGAUUGGUUAUGCUGGAGACGGCAUCAUCUGUGGAGAGGAUUUUGAUCUGGAUGGGUGGCCCAACCAGGAUCUUGUGUGUGGAGCAAAUGCCACCUAUCACUGCAAAAAGGACAACUGCCCGACUCUACCCAACUCUGGCCAGGAGGACUUUGACAACGAUGGACAAGGAGAUGCUUGUGAUAAAGAUGAUGAUAACGAUGAAAUUGUGGAUGAAAGGGACAACUGUCCCUUGAUGUACAACCCCAGACAAUAUGACUAUGAUAAGGAUGAUGUUGGAGACCGCUGUGAUAACUGCCCGUAUGAACACAACCCCGCUCAGACAGACACCGACAACAAUGGAGAAGGAGAUGCCUGCUCUGUUGAUAUGGAUGGAGAUGAAAUUCUAAAUGAGCGAGACAACUGCCCUCUCAUUUAUAACACUGAGCAGAAAGACACAGAUUUAGAUGGCGUUGGAGACCAGUGCGACAACUGCCCAUUAGUCCACAACCCACAACAGACGGAUUCAGAUAAUGAUCUAGUUGGAGACCAGUGUGAUAACAAUCAGGACAUAGAUGAAGAUGGACAUCAAAAUAACAUGGAUAACUGCCCAUACAUACCCAACGCUAACCAAGCUGACCACGACGGAGACGGGAAAGGAGAUGCUUGUGAUUUUGAUGACGAUAAUGAUGGCAUUCCUGAUGACCGAGAUAACUGCAGACUAGUUCCCAACAAAGACCAAGUGGACUCUGAUGGUGAUGGUCGAGGUGACGCCUGCGAGAAUGAUUUCGACAAUGACAAUGUGCCAGAUAUCUUUGACGCCUGUCCAGAAAACAGCGGCAUCAGUGUCACAGACUUCCGGAAGUUUCAGAUGGUUCACCUGGACCCCAAAGGAACCACGCAGAUCGAUCCCAACUGGGUGGUCCGAAACCAGGGCAAAGAGCUUGUGCAGACUGCCAACUCCGACCCUGGCAUUGCAGUGGGAUUUGAUGAGUUCAGCGCCGUGGAUUUCAGCGGGACCUUCUACGUAAACACAGACAGGGAUGAUGACUAUGCAGGUUUUGUGUUUGGAUACCAGUCUAGUCGUCGUUUUUACGUAGUCAUGUGGAAACAGAUCACACAGACGUACUGGGAAGAAAAGCCGUCGAAGGCGUUUGGCAUCUCUGGCGUUUCUCUGAAGGUGGUCAAUUCCACCACAGGCACGGGGGAAAUUCUACGCAAUGCUUUAUGGCACACAGGCAACACUAAGCAUCAGGUGCGCACUCUGUGGCAUGACCCGAAGAAUAUUGGCUGGAAAGACUUCACUGCGUACCGCUGGCAUCUCAUCCACAGACCCAAGACUGGCUUCAUUAGAGUUGUUGUGUAUGAAGGCAAGCACAUCAUGGCAGACUCAGGUCCUGUUUAUGACAAGACAUUUGCAGGUGGACGACUCGGGUUAUUUGUUUUCUCCCAGGAGGCCGUUUUCUUCUCUGACCUCAAAUAUGAAUGCAGAGAUAACUGAGUGUAAACGAAGAACAAAGUCUCCUGUCAAGGACUUUUUUUUUAUCAAAGCAGAACUGAAUCAAUGUAGAGCCUCAGAAAAAGAAGAUUACAAGACUUUCUACAAUAUGGGAAAACUCAAAUUGACAGACCAGAAGUGAAUAUACCUUCAGCUGGACAUGUAUGAAGAGAAACAAAUGUUUGGUCAGCAUUGCUUUUGAUUCUCAGUUAAUAUUUGCACAAAUAAUCUUUGUAAUGCUACAAUAGCUAUGUUUCCAUCCAAAGAUGCGAAUUAAACUUGCGUGCAAAACUAAAAUAUUGCGUAUAACAUUUACAAAUAGAUCAAAAUUGUCACUUCCUGAUAAACUAGUACCAAAUAUCAAAAAGAAAAUUGGAAUUUGCUGUAUUCAACACAGGCUCAUUGGAAGUAUGUGCCCAGGGCUACAUUUUUGAGAACCGAAGAAUAUGUGCUCGCAGGUACAUAAUGGCUGAAUUUUGUUUGUAAAACAAACGCUAUGGGGUAGUACCGCUGACUGCUUACCUCAGUAUGGAUGGCUUUUUCAGUGUGACUGGUUUUGCUCGGUAGCUCACUGCAAAUGGCAUCAGAUUUAUAAUGAGGACUGGACUGGACCAAACUGGGUUUCAAGUCUGGCGAAGGAAGGUUCCGGAAAUCAGGUAAAAUGAAACCAAAAAUAGCAGUGUGAAAUCAUGGUAAAGUAUGUGGCCGUAGCUUUUCUAUUUUUCUAGUUUGCUUUUGAAAACACUAUUGGUUGGAGAAAGCGGGUGGGUCGGUGGUUCAGUUAAUAUCAAGCUGAUUUUAUUUAUUUAUGUUAUUUGUUUAUUUGGCAGGGACGGUGUACAUUAAUUAGCAUUGCUGAAAAUACACCAGAAUUAUGCCGCAGUCACACUAGAGUUUUGAAAUUCUGUCGUACGGCGCUGCGAAAAGGGGCGGGAUUAAAUAAGAUGAAUAGACAAUAAAAAAAAACUAGCGAUUGGUCCAUAUUUUACAUUUCUGUCCAGAGCGGUCAUGUUUUGAUCCUCGAUUGAUCUCACGCAGUCAAGUGAUGCGAUUUCGCAGGACAGAGUUCACAAAUGUUGAACUUUGCAACGCAGCAAACUGUGAAACUUGUCAUACAAGCUUGCGUUUCUGGUCUGACACAUUUGCGUGUAUACGAAUGGAAGUAUAUGGGGUGUAAAGUCUAGUGUGACCGGAUUUUUUAUCCGUUGUCCCUGGACAGAUAUUAAAAUUGUCACCCUAAAAACAAUACAAAAAUUAUGCAAUGAAUUAAGCAUAACUAAGAAGCACUAAAAUGGACAUAGUUAAAUAGAUGCUAAUAAAUGUUAUGUACAUAAACAAAAUAAACUAAAACACCAAUAAAUUAAACUCAACAACCCGACCAGCCACUUUUUUCGGACGCAUGUGAGAAGAAUGUUGAGAUUGUCAGAAAUGUACAAAGCAGCCUCUGGUGGCGAAAAAUGGCAUGUACAAAAAAUGUGCCCCAGUAACCUAUUUGUAUGUACACGGCGACCUCUGGUGUACUUGUGAAAACAAAAACUGCAAGCACACUUAACCCAGGGUACAUAUUUCUUGGUUUUCAAAAAUGUAGCCCUGGGCACAUAUCUCCAGUGAGCCUGGGUUGGCUAUAUUAGGAGAACAAAACCUGGGCCUUUUUUCUUAUUUAAUAAUUUUCUAGUGCCUCAGAAGACGAAGAAGAAACUCAACAAAUGCGUGGUGGUUCUGGGAGGUAAUAAUACCCAACCACUUUGAUGGCGGACUUUGGACUUUUUGGGAUUUUUGAAUUAACAAAACAACAUUUCAGAUAUUUUACAAUGUGGUCGGUCCACUGGUUUUUUCCCCCCAUGCCCAAUUUUAUCAUCAAAUGAUCCGUUAAAAGAUCAUGUGAUGAUCAGUCUGGCAGCUAGCUUUCUGCAACUCUUACAUGGUCGCCCACUAAAGCCAAGCAGGGCGGUGCCCGGUCAGUACCUGGAUGGGAGACCACAUGGGAAUGGUAGGUUGCUUCCGGAAGUGGUGUUAGUGAGGCCAGCAGGGGGUGCCCAACCUGCGGUCUGUGUGGGUCCUAAUGCCCCAGUAUAGUGAAGGGGAUUCUAUACUGCUCAGCGAGGGCUGUCUUUCGGAUGAGACGUUAAACCGAUGUCCUGACUCUCUGUGGUCGUUAAAAAUCUUAGAAUGUCCUUCGAAAAAGAGUAGGGGUUUAACCCCCGGCAUCCAGGCCAAAUUUACCCAUUGGCCUCUGUCCAUCAUGGCCUCCUAACCAUCCCCAUAUCAUAAUUGGCUUCAUCAAUCUAUCUUCUCUCCAUCAAUCAGCUGGUGUGUGGUGUGCAGUCUGACGCAAUAUGGCUGCUGUCGCAUCAUCCAGGUGGAUGCUGCACACUGGUGAUGGAUGAGGAGAUUCCCCCCAAAAUGUGUAAAGCGUUUUGAGUGUCCAGAAAAGCACUUUAUAAAUGUAAGGAAUUAUUAUUAUUAUUAAUAUUUCUUAUUAUUAUUAAAAUAAAUUCACAUUUUUAUAAGGUGCAUGCUGGAAUAUAUUCAGUAAUUCAGAUUCCAUCAUAUUUUAUGCUUAUUUCUUCUUAUCAGAUAAAAGGUUUGUCCUACUCAGUUUUGCGCUUAAGUUUUCAUGCACUUUAUGCACAUCUAAGCAUUUCUAUUAAGCAUUUUUUUAUGCGAUAUUACAACAUGUGCAUAAUAGUAGGUAGAUGGAAACAUAGCUAAUGAGUCCUGCCAUCUUGAAAAUAAACCCAGAGACUCUUUAGUGUUCAGGGUUUCUUGUUUUCAUUUCAGUUCAUUUACACGUCUUUCUAGUCAUUGGAAAGCAUUUUUGUUGCUUUUUGUGUUUGUCGCAAGCGUUUAGGGGAGAUGUAUUAUAUUCAGACUUUUUCUACUGUCUACUGUAACUUAUUUGUCUAUUUUUCUCAUCAUUAGUUAGCAUUUCUUUUGUAUUGUUUCUCUUGCUGCCGAAUUGUAAAUACUUAUUUAUUUGUUUACAUUGACUUUUUUUGCAAAUGAGGUAUAAAAAGGAUGUUUUUGCAUUUGUUAUCAGAUUGCAUUUUCGUCAUUGGCUGUAACUGUGUCUACACAAAGUGAAUGUGACAAGAAAAGCUGUAAUGUAGUAUAUUUCCAAAGUAUCAAGGUGUUUCUUUUAUUAAACUACAGAGUGUGCAUGAAAGUAACCAACGUUCACCGUAAGUGAAUCCAGCAGCAGAGACUUAAUUUGCUUGCUCUCAUACUGUAGGUACAACGGUGACAAACCAGGGUUGUGAUCUCAGUAACUCAGUUUCUAGGUCACUGUAACUUGGCUACAAAACCAGCUAUUUUUUACUCUACCAACAGCCUCUUUAUAUUCAAUAGGAAGAAGUGCCAUUUUGGAAAUGCCAGUGAGAGAUUUAAUAUAAAUGUCACGUUUUAUGAGCUGAUAAGGUAAUAUAUAUACUAUGCUUUCAUUUACAAAUAUUUCAUGGAGCACUUCAUUAGAUUCAUGGUUCAUUUACAGUAUGUGGCUUGCUGCUAAUCACAUUUUUAGGUAUCAAACUUGUUUGUAUUAACUGACAAACAAUUUUUUAAAUAUUUUCUCACUCAUAUGCAUUUUCAUUUGAUGUAAUAACUUUUGUCAAUAAAAUUGUAUACACAGA